AUGGUCGAUGGUCGAUGGUCAAUGGAAAAAACAAUUUAUGAUAAAUUAAAUCUAACAACUGAUUUACCUAAUAUUGCUCAUAAAACAUAUUUAGAUUCAAUUAUAAAAGAUUAUUUAAUCAAAAAUUUAAUUGAAUCAAUAGAACCAUUUAAUGAAUUAGCUGCUUAUUAUGCUCAAAUGAGAAUUAAAGAUCUUGAUUUAAAUCAACAACAUCAUCCAUUAUUAAAUUCAUGUCGUUCUCUUGCUUCAACUUUACAUAAAGAAGUAACAUGGCAUUCAACACAACUUCGUCUUAUUCAAUUGUGCGAACGUUUUUCUCAUUUAAAACCAUUUUUAAUCAUAUUAAAUAAAUAUGAUUUACAUUUAAAAGAUAUUCUUAGUGAAGAAAAAAAUGGAUUAGAUAGAUUUGUUGGUGAUGAUGAAAUUGGACUAACUUUUCAACAAAUUAGAAUUGUUAUAAGUGCAACUAAAACACAACAAACGAAAGAUAAUUCAUUUGAGAAUUAUCGAUUACGUAUAUUUUGGUUAACUGAUAGUGAUUGUCUGGAUGUUUUACCUAUUCUUGAUCUUUUUCUUAAUUUAUCACAACAAGCAGGCUUAUUAAUUGAUUUACAUUACGUAGAUUUUGACUGGAUACAACUUGCAAAUGCUCAACAAACAUUUAAUACACAUAUAAAUAAUCAAACAAUUGAUUUAUAUGAUAGUAAAACACUUGAAAUAAUUCCAAUGGAAUUAUUUGAUAUUAUAUUUUCUUCCAAUCAACUUUUAAGAAAUCAAGAUUUGACUAAUUCUUUAAUUGAUGUUCGUCGUUUACUUGUUCCUAAUGGUCUUCUUUUAUUACUUGACUUAGAUCAUGUUCCUCUUUAUUUUGAUCUUAUUUUUUGUUUCUUUGAUCAAUGGUGGUCAUCAUCUGAUGAUAAUAAUCGUGCAUUAAAGAAUAUCCAACAAUGGGUGAUAUUAUUAAAACAAAUCGAAGGAUUUCAUAUUAUUGAAUCAACAACAAACCAAAAUGAAAGCACAUUAAUUAUUAGUCAAAAAACAAUAUCUAAGGAAAUAUUACAAAGACUUGAUGAAAGAAAAAAUCAGUUAUGUUAUAAACAAGUAUCUAUUAUUUUUGCAUGGCAACUUGAUCAAGUAUCAUUGAAUGAAAAUAAUGAUAAUUUAGUAUUUAAACAAAAUGAAGAACUUAUCUAUGGAACAUUAUCACGUAUUCUUCAAAUAAUUCAAAAAUCAUCACCACAUUUUCAUCCAUUUCUAUAUGUUCUUAUAGAUCAUGCUCUAUUUAAUAAUGAUUCUAAUCUUAAUAUAAUUGCAUCACCAUUUAUUGGUCUUGAACGAAGUUUAAUAACUGAAUAUGAACAAAAUCGAUUAAAACUUAUUGAUCUUCAAACAUCAUUGAAGAAUAAAUUAAUAUUUAUUCAUACUUUGAUAGAAUAUAUGAUUAAUUCAAAAUAUUCAACUGAUACUUAUCAAGUUGUUCUUCUUUCUUAA